UUCAUUCUUCAAUUCUUCUUCUGUUCCCAAAAUUAAAAAAAGAAAGAAAAGGAGAAAAAAAAAAACUCGGAGAAGAGAAAAUUACCAAUAAAACCACACAAGAGAGAACCAAUACAAACCAUCCAUCCAUCCAUCAAUCCAUGGCUGCUUCUUCUUCCUUUUCAUCACCAAUGAUUCAGAUUCAGUCAUUGAUUCUCCUCUUCCUCCUUCUUCUUCCUUCAUCAUCAUCAUCUUCUUCUUCUUCGAAUUCUACGACCAUAUACGAGGUUCUCAAAUCGAAGGGUCUUCCCGUGGGUCUUCUCCCAAAAGGGAUCACGAAAUAUUCAAUGAACGAUUCAAGCGGUGAAUUCGAGGUGAUGAUGGAAGAACCUUGCAACGCAAAGUUCGAGAACGAGGUUCACUACGAUUCAAGCAUAAAGGGUACCUUAGAGUACGGUCAGAUCGGGAAAUUAUCCGGUAUUUCGGCGCAGGAACUCUUCCUAUGGUUCCCCGUUAAGGGGAUUCGUGUUGAUGUUCCAAAUUCUGGGGUUAUACAUUUUGAUGUUGGUGUUGCUGAUAAGCAAUUCGCAGUUUCGAUUUUUGAGGCUCCUCCUGAAUGCACACCUCAGCCUGAUGCUGGUGAGAGUGAUCAAUCGCUGUGGUCAGUUUGGUAGAAGAUAAAAAGAAUGUUGCUGUUAUCUUUUUCAAGAACUUGCUCUAUCCCUGUGUUGGAUCUUGUUCUUUUUCUUAUGUACAGUGAAAGUCUUUUCCUUUUUUUAAGUUUUUGGUCGAAUCAGUUACCUGUCUCCAGCAAGGGUCGAAUGAUGACAAUUUUGGUGAUGAAAAAAACAUUGGAUCCUUGCAUCAUUGCAUAGAAGUUUUUAUGGCAAAAUCUUGUGACAGACUGGCAUGUUGGUUCAGGUUGAUGAUUUUGCUAAUAAUAUUAUCAAACAGUUAAUACCAAAGAUUUUACCCGUUUACUAUCUUA